GUGGUGAAUUUCAAAGCCGAUGUAUUGUUAUAAGAUCCGAUCUAGUUUUUAGUAUAAAAUUGUAGAAUUUUCAGGUUCACAUCAUAGUCAAAGCUUCCAGCUUCAAUUGAUCAGUUCUUUCAAGUACAAAGAAAAUCUCAAUUCUCUAAAUAUCAUGAAAUUCGCCAUCGUUGCCGUCGUCUUGGCUCUUGCCUUAGGUGCUCAAGGUUCAGUCAUCCCAUGGGGACUUGGCCUAGGUUUGGGAAGCACUCUUGAUAUUGCCGGACAUGGUUUGUCAUACACCGCUGUAUCUGGACCAGCACUCGUCCCACAAGUCAUCUCACCAUGGGGACUUCCAGCUGCUGUUGCUGUUGGCCAUGCACCCGCUGCUGUUGCCAUUGAUCCACAUGUUGUUCCCGGUGGUUCAUAUGUUGCCCAGACCCGUGGAGCUACUCACGUUGCACCAUUGGCCGGUCACAUUAACUCAGUGUCGAGCGUGAAUGUUGCUCCAGCUCCAGGAACUUGGUAGAGAAUAAAUCUUUUCUAUAAUACGAAAGAUUAUUUCCAACGUAACCGUGAUUAUGAUGUUUGAAAAUGAAUCCUGGUCAAAACGCUUUAAUGCUGCCUCUAUAACUUUGUAAUAUGUAUUCAUCUGCGAUAUGUGUGUAUUUUUCUCAAUCUUUCUCUAAAUACCUCUGUACUAUUUUCUUUCUUUUCAUUUUCAUUUUUAUUCCUUUUAUCAUGAGUUCAAAUAUGUACCUAAUAGAGGAUAAACUUUCUUAAAAUAAAUAAAGAACAUUUGUUAAAAUCCAAA